GGAGAGAAGGGACAAGGCACCGGCCUGGCUGGAGCGCGUUGCUGUUUCCACUCCGGACACCGUCUGGCCUGUUGGAAAAGGGCUGACUCGAGAAGCAGAGGAGACUCGGGCUCCUGUCCGUGUGACUUUGGGCAGAUCCAGCCACCUCUCCGCGGACCUCUGUAGCCUCCUUUAGAGGCUGUUGUGAGGUACCAGGAAAAAAAAAAAUUUAAAAAGACACAGAGCUCACGUUUUCCUGAGCUUCUGCUGUGUCACAAGCUCCUUGAACCCUGCCCGGAGAGUGGCCAGGAGCGGGGAGACAUGGCGGUGGGCAACAUCAACGAGCUGCCUGAGAACAUCCUGCUGGAGCUGUUCACACACGUGCCCGCCCGCCAGCUGCUGCUGCGCUGCCGCUUGGUCUGCACCCUCUGGCGCGACCUCAUAGACCUGGUGACCCUCUGGAAGCGCAAAUGCCUGCGUGAGGGCUUCAUCACUGAGGACUGGGACCAGCCUGUGGCCGACUGGAAGAUCUUCUACUUCCUACGAAGCCUCCACAGGAACCUCCUACACAACCCGUGUGCUGAAGAGGGAUUUGAGUUCUGGAGCCUGGAUGUGAAUGGAGGCGAUGAGUGGAAGGUGGAAGAUCUUUCUAGAGACCAGAGGAAGGAAUUCCCCAAUGACCAGGUCAAGAAAUACUUCGUGACUUCCUAUUACACCUGCCUCAAGUCCCAGGUGGUGGACCUCAAGGCCGAAGGGUAUUGGGAGGAGCUGAUGGACACUACACGGCCGGACAUCAAGGUCAAGGACUGGUUCGCAGCAAGGCCAGACUGCGGGUCCAAGUACCAGCUGUGCGUUCAGCUCCUGUCGUCAGCGCAUGCGCCUCUGGGAACCUUCCAGCCAGACCCAGCAACGAUCCAGCAGAAGAGCGAUGCCAAGUGGAGGGAGGUCUCCCACACGUUCUCCAACUACCCACCUGGCGUCCGCUACAUAUGGUUUCAGCACGGCGGCGUGGACACUCACUACUGGGCCGGCUGGUACGGCCCGAGGGUCACCAACAGCAGUAUCACCAUCGGGCCCCCCGCUGCCCUGAUGCCCCCGAGCCCCCAUCCGCAGAACCCUGACUGGUAAAACUGUUGUCAGAGAAAGGCUGGGCUUGAGAAGGGGAGGUGGGCGAGGCUUCCCCAGACCUCCUAGUUCACCCUUGCCCCCCAGGCGCCCCUUUGGGGAGCCUCUCCGUUGGUGCAGCCUUCAUAUGCUCUGGACAGCUCUCCGCCCGAGGGCUUGACCUGAAUAAUGAUGGGGGAGGGCUGGGUGUACCUUUAAGAGAGGGGGCCCCUGAGGUUAGGGAGGAACAGGAUGUUCCCCCAGGUUCCUCCUCCCCGCACUCCUCUGACGGGGGUCUCCAAGCUCGGAUGGUAACCUCAGUCUGCAUUUCUACUUCCCCCUCCUGGGCCUUUCACCCUGUCUUUUUGGGGGGCCCUUGGAGCAGGGACAGUGUGGAGGACAUCUGGCAAGCCUGUGGCUGCGGAUGCUGGAAGGUGACUGUAGCUCAGGCAGAUCUGGAAGUGGAAGGAGGGCUCUGCUGGCCUGUCCUCUGUCCCAUUCUCUGCUGCCCCCAAGCUCUCCCUUUGCCUACCUACUCAGAGAGGUGGCUGUGGCCCAGAGGCUCAGGCCUGGUCCGAGAUGGGCAGGCCCAGGGUGGGGUGGAGUCCAUGCCAGGUCUGGACUGUCCUCACCAGCAAUGAAGCCCAGAAGCCAAAUGGGGUGGGGCUCUUCAGGAGACUUCGGGAAUCCUGUGUGUGGUAACCCAGGGCAGGUGGGUGCAGGAUUGGGCUCUGAUUCUGAGAGCUACGAUGUGUGAGCACAGGAUGAGUGGGGUGGGGAUUUUCAAGGACCCACCUAGACUAGGCUCCCUGUGGCUUGGAGAGCAUUCCAAACCCCCACCCCAUCCUUGGAACUGCCCUUCUCAGGACCUCCCCACCCUGCCCUAUGUCUCUGCCCCCUGCUGAAAGGGCAGCAGGGCUCUGAUCCUGCCCUGCUGCAUGCAACCAAAUAAAAGGUUUUCCCAGCCCAA